GGCUUCGGCGUCGGCAGCGCGCAUGUCCUUCCUCCUCUCCCGGGCAUGCUCAUUAGCGGCCGAGGAGGCAAACCGCUCGGAAGGGAUCGGGUUCUCUGCUGCCAGUCUGCCCGGCGCAGAGCGGCUGGGUGUGCAAAGGCGAGAGAGCGAGAGCAGUGACAAGGCAGCAGACCGGGCUGGUGCAGCUUCGCGUUUCCGAAGCAGCCUGUCUGCCUUUGCGGACAAGCCCGGGUCUCCUCUCUCUGCUUUUGGCGCUGAAUCGCCCCUGCGAGGAGGACUGGGAAGGGGAGGAGGUAUGAUGAUGCGGGCAAUCAGCAGCAGCUGCAUCCUCGGCUAUGUGGAUUUAUAUUCGCCUUCAGCGUAGCUGCCGCGCCGGGGAGAGGCAGGACGAGGGCAGCAGCGUCGGCAGCCGGGCGCGAUGGCUAGCCACCGGAGCCGCGCGGGGUGGAGGCGGCGCUGCUGCAGGAGCAGCAGCAGCAACUGAAACUUCCACUGGGCAAGCAGAACUGUUUCGGUAAGGAGCCUCUAUACAUUGUUUUCACGAUUUUGGCCUACUUAAUCAGAGAUGGAGCAAAUGGAUUGUAAACCCUACCAGCCGCUGUCGAAAGCUAAGCAUGAAAUGGAUCUAGCUUACACAAGCUCAUCUGAUGAAAGUGAGGAUGGAAGAAAGGCAAGACAGUCUUAUGAGUCCAGAGAAACGCUUAACGAAUAUGGCCAAGAACUCAGAAUGAACUACAACAGCCACAGCAGAAAAAGAAAAGCUGUUGAUGAACCCACUCAAGAGAUGGAAUUUCAUGAUACUCCACAUAUCUUGUGCACUGGCUACCAGCCAGACAUGCAUGCUGUCUCCCAGUGUGGCUAUCCGAUAGAGAUGGGUUCUGAUGUUGAUACCGAGACAGAAGGAGGAGCCUCACCAGAUCAGGCCUUGAGGAUGUGGAUGUCCGGGAUGAAAUCAGAGCACAGUUCGUGUUUAUCGAGCCGUGCAAACUCAGCGCUAUCCCUCACCGAUACUGACCACGAAAGGAAGUCUGAUGGGGAGAACGAAAUGCCAGGAAGCCCACGAAACCAGUUCACAUUCAGACCACUGCCACCACCACCACCACCGCCCCACACAUGUACCUGCAGCAGGAAGCCACUUUCAACAGCUGACUCUUUCCAGGGAAGAUCAAUGACGACCCGCAGCCAACCUAGCCCAGCUGCUCCGCCCCCUCCAACCAGUACACAGGACGCAGUGCAUCUCCAUAACAGUUGGGUCCUGAAUAGUAAUAUACCACUAGAAACCAGAAGUCAGUGGGGGAUUUGCUGGCCCUCGGCUGUGGAAUUGCCUUCCACCAGAAAUCAGGAGGACCAUGUCUCUUCCCUCGUGCCAAGUGAAAUGCAUUUCCUAUUUAAGCAUGGAUCUGGCUCGUCAGCUAUCUUCAGUGCCGCCAGUCAGAAUUACCCUUUAACUUCCAAUACUGUUUAUUCGCCGCCUCCCAGGCCACUUCCUAGAAGUACUUUUUCUAGACCAGCUUUCUCUUUUAACAAACCUUACAGAUGCUGCAACUGGAAGUGUACUGCCUUGAGUGCAACAGCUAUUACAGUCACACUGGCUUUGCUGCUUGCCUAUGUCAUUGCAGUACAUUUAUUUGGCCUAACCUGGCAGCUACAGCCUGUUGAAGGGCAGCUUUAUGAAAAUGGAGUCAGUAAAGGAAGCAAAGGCACAGAGUUCCUGGACACAACUUACUCACCCAUCGGAGGGAAAGGUUCUGAUAAAACAGAAAGAAAAGAAAUAGUGUUUCAGAAAGGACAGGCAAUAGACACGGGGGAAAUUGAAAUUGGAGUUCAAGUGAUUCAAGCCAUUCUUCCAGGCCUCUUCUGGCGUUUCCAGAUUAUGAUCCAUCACCCAAUGUACCUGAAAUUUAAUGUUUCUCUGGCAAAGGACUCACUUUUCGGGAUAUAUGGGAGACGCAAUAUUCCCCCUACUCACACACAGUUUGAUUUUGUGAAACUGAUGGAUGGGAAACAGUUAAUUAAGCCAGAAUCAAGACAUUCUGAGGAAUCUCAGCAUGCUCCUAGGAAUCUGAUCUUAAUGUCCUUGCAAGAAACUGGUUUCAUAGAAUAUAUGGACCAGGGAACUUGGCACUUGGCAUUUUACAAUGAUGGCAAGAAAAUGGAGCAAGUGCAAGUAUUGACAACAGCAAUUGAAGUCAUGGAUGACUGCUCCACUAACUGCAAUGGGAAUGGAGAAUGCAUUUCUGGGCACUGCCACUGUUUUCCAGGAUUCCUUGGUCCAGAUUGUGCAAGAGACUCCUGCCCAGUGUUAUGUAGUGGAAAUGGGGAAUAUGAAAAGGGCCACUGCUUGUGCCGCAAUGGUUGGAAAGGGCCUGAGUGUGACGUUCCAGAAGAACAGUGCAUUGACCCCACUUGCUUUGGCCAUGGAAAGUGUAUCAUGGGAAUCUGCAUUUGUGACCCAGGAUAUAAAGGAGAGAUAUGUGAAGAAGAGGACUGUUUAGAUCCUAUGUGUUCUGGCCAUGGAGUCUGCGUUCAAGGGGAAUGUCACUGUUCCAUGGGUUGGGGAGGAGUCAGCUGUGAAACAUCACUCCCUAUCUGCCAAGAACAGUGCUCAGGACAUGGCAGUUUUAUUUUGGAUACUGGAGUAUGCAACUGUGACCCAAAGUGGACAGGUUCUGACUGCUCAACAGAACUCUGCGUACUGGAUUGUGGCAGCCAUGGUGUUUGUGCAAGAGGAGCCUGCCAGUGUGAAGAAGGCUGGGUAGGCCCAACAUGCGAGGAGCGCACAUGUACUUCUCACUGCACUGAACAUGGGCAAUGCAAAGAUGGAAAGUGUGAAUGCAGCCCUGGAUGGGAAGGGGACCAUUGCACCAUUGGUGAGUUGGAUGGCUGCCCAGGUCUGUGUUAUGGAAAUGGAAGAUGCACCCUUGAUCAGAAUGGAUGGCACUGUGUCUGCCAGGUGGGCUGGAGCGGAAUGGGAUGCAACGUUGUCAUGGAAAUGAUGUGUGGAGACAGCAUUGAUAAUGAUGGAGAUGGUUUGACAGACUGUAUAGACCCUGACUGCUGCCAGCAAAGCAAUUGCUAUUCAAGCCCUCUCUGUCAAGGGUCCCCUGAUCCCCUUGACCUCAUUCAGCAGAGCCAGCCUCCUUUCUCUCAGCAUCCUCCAAGGCUCUUUUAUGAUAGAAUCAAGUUUCUUAUUGGCAAGGAAAGCACUCAUGUAAUCCGAGGAGAUGUCUCAUUUGAGAGCAGACGUGCUUGUGUUGUUCGAGGCCAGGUGGUAGCGAUAGAUGGAACCCCCCUGGUUGGCGUGAAUGUGAGUUUCCAAAACCACAAUGAUUAUGGAUACACCAUCAGCCGACAGGAUGGAAGUUUUGACCUAGUGGCUGUUGGGGGCAUCUCAGUCACCUUGGUCUUUGAGAGAUCUCCUUUUCUUUCUGUGAAAAGGACACUUUGGUUGUCCUGGAAUCGGUUUAUUGUGAUAGACAAAGUAGUCAUGCAAAGAGCAGAAGUGGACCCACCAUCCUGUGACAUCAGUAACUUUGUGAGUCCCAAUCCCAUUGUACUCCCUUUUCCUCUCACAUCGUUCGGAGGAUCGUGUCCAGAAAGGGGGACAAUUAUACCAGAACUACAGGUGGUCCAGGAGGAAAUCCCCAUCCCUUCCAGCUUUACAAAGCUCAGUUACCUGAGCAGCCGAACUUCAGGAUACAAAACCUUGCUACGCAUUGUGAUGACACAUUCUACCAUCCCUCCUGGAAUGACAAAAGUGCAUCUUACUGUUACAAUUGAAGGGCGGCUGGCUCAGAAAUGGUUCCCUGCUGUCACCAACUUGGUCUAUACCUUUGCUUGGAAUAAGACAGAUAUCUACGGCCAAAAAGUCUCUGGCUUGGCAGAAGCAAUGGUGUCAGUGGGUUAUGAGUAUGAAACUUGUCCAAAUCUGAUUCUGUGGGAGAAAAGGACUGUAACGCUGCAAGGAUUUGAGUUGGAUGCUUCAAAUCUUGGAGGCUGGUCCUUGGACAAACACCACAUUUUGAAUACACAAAGUGGUAUUGUCCAUAAAGGAAAUGGAGAGAACAUAUUCAUCUCCCAGCAGCCCCCAGUAAUCUCAACUGUCAUGGGCAAUGGGCACCAGAGGAGUGUUUCCUGUGCCAACUGCAAUGGUCCAUCUCACAGCAGUAAACUCUUUGCACCUGUCGCCAUGGCCUCUGGUACUGAUGGCAGCAUAUACAUUGGAGACUUCAAUUUUGUUCGGAGGCUCCUUCCGUCAGGAAACUCUAUUAGCAUCCUUGAACUAAGGAACAGAGACACAAGACACAGCACAAGUCCAGCUCACAAGUACUACCUAGCCAUGGACCCAGUAUCAGAAUCCCUUUACUUGUCAGAUACAAAUACCAGAAGAGUUUACAAGGUGAAAUCUCUCAGUGAAACCAAGGAUUUGACCAAAAACUAUGAAUUAGUGGCAGGAAAUGGUGACCAGUGCCUUCCGUUUGACCAAAGUCACUGUGGAGAUGGAGGACGGGCUUCCGAAGCAUCACUUCACAGCCCCCGAGGUAUUACUGUAGAUAAGCACGGCUUCAUCUACUUUGUUGAUGGCACCAUGAUUCGGAAGAUUGAUGGAAAUGAUGUGAUCACAACAUUAAUAGGCUCAAAUGGUCUCACGUCAACCCAGCCACUGAGCUGUGAUGCUGGAAUGGACAUCACUCAGGUCCGCUUGGAAUGGCCAACAGACCUUGCUGUCAACCCCCUUGACAAUUCGUUAUAUGUUCUGGACAAUAACAUUGUGCUGCAAAUUUCUCAAAAUCAGCAAGUGCGCAUUAUUGCAGGCCGACCUAUUCACUGCCAGGUGCCAGGCAUAGAUCACGUUUUGGUCAGCAAAGUGGCAAUCCAUUCCACACUUGAGUCGGCAAGAGCCAUUGGCGUAUCUCACAGUGGCGUGCUGUACAUUGCCGAGACUGAUGAAAGGAAGAUCAACCGCAUCCAACAGGUUACAACUAAUGGUGAAAUCUCCAUCUUGGCUGGAGCUCCAUCAGAUUGUGACUGUAAGAUUGACCCCAAUUGUGACUGUUUCUCUGGUGAUGGUGGGUUCGCCAAAGACGCAAAACUGAAAGCUCCCUCUUCCCUGGCUGUAUCUCCUGACGGCACCUUGUAUAUAGCUGACCUUGGCAACAUCCGUAUCCGUGCAGUCAGUCGGAAUAAGGCUCAUCUCAAUGACAUGAAUAUUUAUGAGGUUGCAUCCCCAGCAGACCAGGAACUGUAUCAGUUCACCAGCAAUGGGACUCACUUGCACACACUCAAUCUGAUUACAAGGGACUUCAUGUACAAUUUCACAUACAACGGAGAAGGCGAUCUUGGAACCAUUACCAACAGCAAUGGGAAUUCAGUUCAUAUUCGCAGAGAUGCCAGUGGUUUGCCUCUCUGGCUGGUGAUGCCUGGAGGUCAAGUAUACUGGCUGACCAUAAGUAGCAAUGGGAUUCUCAAAAGAGUUUAUGCCCAGGGCUACAAUCUAGCUCUCAUGACUUAUCCUGGCACCACAGGUCUUCUUGCCACCAAAAGCAAUGAGUAUGGAUGGACAACAGUUUAUGAGUACGAUUCUGAUGGACAUUUAACCAAUGCAACAUUUCCGACGGGUGAGGUCAGCAGCUUCCAUAGUGACGUAGAAAAACUGAUGAGAGUUGAAAUCGACACUUCAAACAGGGAGAAUGUGAUCACAGCUACAAAUUUGUCAGCUACCUCAACUAUCUACACAUUAAAACAAGAAAACAUUCAGAAUAUAUAUCGGGUCAGUCCAGAUGGGUCACUGAGAGUCACUUUUGCCAGUGGAAUGGAGAUCACUCUGAACACAGAACCUCACAUCCUGGCUGGCGUUGUCAAUCCUACUUUAGGAAAAUGCAAUAUCUCUUUACCCGGAGAGCAUAACUCCAACCUUAUUGAGUGGAGACAAAGGAAGGAACAGACCAAAGGCAAUAUCUCUGCAUUUGAGAGAAGGUUACGGGCCCACAACAGAAACCUGCUCUCAAUUGAUUUUGACCACAUCACAAGAACAGGGAAGAUCUAUGACGACCAUCGGAAGUUCACUCUUCGGAUUCUCUAUGACCAGGCAGGCCGCCCAAUCCUUUGGUCUCCCCUCAACAAAUACAAUGAAGUCAACAUCACUUACUCACAUUCUGGAUUAGUGACCUUUAUCCAGAGAGGGACAUGGACUGAAAAGAUGGAGUACGAUCCAGGUGGGAAGAUCAUUUCCAGAACAUGGGCAGAUGGAAAAAUAUGGAGCUACACAUACCUAGAAAAGAGACUGCUGCACAACAGAGACGGGAGUAAACUUAUGAAGCUGAGUGCUGAGAGGAUGAAAAAAGAAGGCAGACAAGCAGCCCUAAACCAGGGUCUGCCUGUGUCUGUGAUGCUUCUUCUGCAUAGUCAGCGUCGCUACAUCUUUGAGUAUGACCAGUCAGACUACCUACUAUCUGUCACCAUGCCAAGUAUGGUACGCCACAGCUUUCAGACAAUGCUGUCUGUUGGAUACUUCCGCAAUCUCUAUUCCCCACCAGACAGCAGUGCAUCUUUCAUCCAGGACUUCACCAGAGACGGACGACUUCUGCAGACCCUCUACCCGGGUACAGGGCGCAGGGUUCUUUACAAAUACACCAAGCAGUCCAGACUGUCAGAGAUUCUUUAUGACACCACACAAGUCUCCUUUACUUAUGAAGAGUCAUCAGGUGUUAUUAAAACAAUACACUUGAUGCAUGACGGAUUUAUUUGCACCAUCAGAUACAGGCAAACAGGUCCACUUAUUGGCCGCCAGAUAUUCCGAUUUAGUGAAGAAGGUCUUGUGAACGCCAGAUUUGACUACAGCUACAACAACUUUAGAGUAACCAGCAUGCAGGCCAUGAUCAAUGAAACUCCCCUCCCUAUUGAUCUGUAUCGCUACGUUGAUGUGUCUGGUAAAACUGAACAAUUCGGAAAGUUCAGCGUAAUCAAUUAUGAUUUAAACCAAGUUAUAACUACCACCGCUAUGAAGCAUACCAAAUUUUUUAGUGCCAAUGGCCAAGUGAUUGAAGUGCAAUACGAAAUCCUUAAAUCCAUUGCCUACUGGAUGACUGUUCAGUAUGACAACAUGGGCCGCAUGGUGAUAUGCGACAUCCGAGUUGGAGUUGAUGCAAACAUAACAAGAUACUCUUAUGAAUAUGAUGCUGAUAGCCAACUUCAAACUGUGUCUGUGAACGACAAAACCCAGUGGCGUUACAGCUAUGACCUCAAUGGAAAUAUCAAUUUACUUAGCCACGGAAACAGCGCUCGGCUUACUCCUCUGAGGUACGAUCUCAGAGAUCGUAUCACAAGACUGGGAGACAUUCAGUACAAAAUGGACGAGGAUGGUUUCCUCAAACAAAGGGGAAAUGACAUCUUUCAGUACACCUCUAAUGGCUUUCUGAGCAGAGCCUACAACAGGGUUUCUGGGUGGACAAUCCAGUAUUGCUACGAUGGGCUGGGGCGACGGGUGGCCAGCAAAUCCAGUUCAGGACAACACCUCCAAUUCUUCUACGCAGACCUUUCCAAUCCAGUAAGAGUUACUCACUUAUACAAUCACAGUAGUUCAGAAAUAACUUCCUUGUAUUACGACCUUCAGGGUCACCUAAUAGCCAUGGAAUUAAGCAGUGGAGAAGAAUAUUAUGUUGCCUGUGACAACACUGGGACACCUUUAGCUAUCUUCAGCAGUCGAGGUCAAGUGAUAAAAGAAAUUCUUUACACCCCUUACGGAGAGAUCUAUCAGGACACAAAUUCAGAUUUUGAGCUCAUUAUAGGUUUCCAUGGAGGGUUGUAUGAUUCACUCACUAAACUGGUGCACUUGGGGCAAAGAGAUUAUGACGUCAUUGCUGGGCGCUGGACAACACCAAACCACCAUAUCUGGGAAGAACUGAAGAACAACCCCAAGCCAUUUAAUCUGUAUGCGUUUGAAAAUAAUUAUCCAGCUGGCAGAAUCCAAGAUGUGGCUAAAUACACAACAGACAUUGGAAGUUGGCUUGAGUUGUUUGGGUUUCAGCUUCACAAUGUACUCCCUGGAUUCCCAAAGCCAGAAGUGGAUGCUAUGGAGACAACAUAUGAACUAGUACAGCUUCAAACAAAGACCCAAGAGUGGGACCCUGGAAAGACUAUACUUGGCAUUCAGUGUGAACUACAGAAGCAGCUCAGAAACUUCAUUUCCUUGGACCAGCUUCCCAUGACCCCCAAAUACAGCAAUGGGAGAUGUGUGGAGAAAGCAAAGCUGCCCAGAUUUGCUGCAGUUCCCUCAGUUUUUGGGAAAGGUAUCAAAUUUGCCAUCAAGGAUGGUGUGGUAACAGCUGAUGUGAUUGGGGUGGCGAAUGAAGACAGCCGCCGCAUCGCUGCCAUCCUCAACAAUGCUCACUAUCUUGAGGACCUGCACUUUACAAUAGAUGGGCGAGACACUCACUACUUCAUCAAGCUUGGGUCUCUGGAAGAAGACCUUGCAGUGAUAGGCAACACUGGGGGACGUCGGAUUUUGGAGAACGGUGUCAAUGUCACAGUAUCACAAAUGACUUCCAUCAUCAAUGGCAGGACUAGACGGUUUGCUGAUAUCCAGCUCCAGCACGGCUCUCUGUGCUUUAAUGUUCGGUAUGGGACUACUGUGGAAGAAGAGAAGAACCAUGUCUUGGAGGUAGCCAGGCAGAGAGCUGUGGCUCAAGCUUGGACUAAGGAACAAAGGCGACUCCAAGAUGGCGAAGAAGGUAUUCGGGCUUGGACAGAGGGGGAGAAACAGCAGCUUUUAAGCACAGGGAAAGUACAGGGCUAUGAUGGAUAUUUUGUUUUGUCUGUGGAGCAGUAUCUAGAACUUUCUGACAGUGCCAACAAUAUUCACUUUAUGAGACAGAGUGAAAUAGGCAGGAGGUAACAAACAAACAAAAGACAUCGAUCUCUGCCUUUGCAUCACCAAAGACUGCCUGUUUUUAAAAAAACAUUAAAGUAAAGGUUUAUUGUAUUGGUUUUUCUAGAUCAGAACUCUGUGUAUAUAUACAUAUAGAGGGGGAAAACAUAUCCAACUGCCUUUAAAUGUGACAGAAGAUGGUAUUUUAAUAUCGUUUGUUUAAAACUCUUUGGGAGAUGGCAAUGAUUGUUAGUUCUAGGGUGGCUGCCUUCAACAUUUGGAAGCGGCGUUCUUGGUGUUGAAUUUCAUUUGGAAAUGGUUCACAUGGGCAAAAUAUUGAGUGUGUUCUCUCUUUCCCUCUUCAGGACACAGUUUUGUUAAUUUUAAUAACUUGCAUACAAUAUGUUUGUGGUCUGGCCAACACCCUUUGUUCCUUGGUCUAACUGACAACUCAUCCACCAAGCAGUCUUCACAAGCUAUGCUUUUAAGGGGCCUUCAGGCAUAACUCCAGGGUAUAAGAAACACCCCAAAAUACUUUGAGCCAAGUAGAAAACUGGCCCACUAUACUUCACACCUCAUAGGUAGGGUGUUGUCACAUCAUUAUCUUCUUAAUAAAUUGCAGAUAAACCAUUGUUAGUCAUUGCCUUAUAGGACAAAUUGUUUCACUGUGAUUGGCAGUUAAAAAGUGGCAAGCCAGAUUUCAGGAAUCUCAGCAGUGAUAACAGUCAUGUUCACAGACCUGAGGGAAAAUGCCCUUUUGCUUGCCAACUCAGAGGAUACUAAAUGGUGAAGCACGAAUAGAGAUGCCACUUUAUCUAACAUUCCUAUUGCAAAUGUGUCAGCUUUGAAAUAGGGGCCAAAAGAAGGAUGUGUGUGGCCACCCUGAGGUCACUCUCUCACACACAGAGCACACACGCACACGUGCAGACUCUCUCUCUUCUCCCCAACCCCCAGCAAUUAGUCUUGAAUAAAAAGCAUUUUAGCUUUUCUCAAAAUAAAUUGCCAGGUGGCGAAGGUGAUCUUCAUAGAGAUUGCAGCUGGAGAGGAGGAGAUUUUGUUCUCCUGCGACAUCCUAGUAGCUUUAUUUUCCAUGAAGAUCCUGGUCCUCCAUGCAUCAAUUGGACUUGAAAAGUCUACCACUGACACCAGUUCACAAGCAGUGUGGGAGAGGUGCUUUUAGCAAGGGAGAUACCAUUCAUAGCAUCUAUUCUCACUUGCAAUUCCCUGGGCCACAAUUAUGCUAGAAAAAAUGCUUCCUACUGGCUCUGAUAGGAGGCUUUUUCCAGCCAAAAUUUGUGCUGAGGGUGGGGAGGAUGAGGAAAGGAUCCUUCCAGCUGAAUGGAGAAGUCCCUUGAGUAACAUCCAGCCUGAUGGUGGCUGGUUUAUCACCCUGGACCUUAUGUUUUUGUGUCUUUCACAAGUUUAGAUCUAGGCCAUGCAUUAUAAGCACAUUUGGUCUACAAUCCUAGCCACACAUACCUGGUGGGAGCAAGCGCUACUGAAUUCAGCGGAGUUUACUUCUGAGUACACAUGCUUAGGAUUGCAGGCUUGGUCAUUAGCAAUUCCCAUCAGCAUCAAUGGUGAGAAGUUUCAUCAAAGUGAAUACAACCACACUGGCACUCUUCUGAAAUAAAAGAAUGAAGGAGAGUCUUAGUGUAGACUUUAGGGCUUCUUCAUAUGACAAAUGGGAAUGCUGAAAAAUGGGAAAGCCUGGCUGUGUGGAGAGUCUGGCACGUCAUGAUGGAAGUCACCAUGCACUUGCUCCCUCAGGUGUACAGUCUGCAACUCAACCAGUUUCUUUUAGUUCACCAAUAUUUGCCCAUUUUUUCUUGCAACUUCUCAUUCAUUUUAUUUCUUUGAUUAUUUAUGAUGGCAUUUAGAAUCCACUUUCACUGCCACACAAAGCAGUUUAGAAAACAUAAGGUAACCACAAAUAAGUAAAAUACACAGUUAAUAUCAAAAGCAAAAAAAAAAAAUCAGCAAUAAACCGCAGGAUAUGAUUGCAUAUUGUCAACAUGUCAACUUGGUCAUACGAAUGGGCCCAGAUGAGUGGAUGUAUUUUUUUAGCAAGGAAAAGCAGGUGCUUAAUAAUUUGCCCUCACUAAGCAAGUACUAAUCACAAUGCCUGUUCAUGAGAGUUAAUAUCCUAAUAUUCAUUGCUCCUAUAUUCCCAAGCUGUUUUAUAUUGGGUAUAUGUGACAACUAGCUGUUAGGGAUGGGCUUGAUUAUGAACAUCAGAUCUAAAUCCACCAAAUAACAAUGACAUUUGAGUUCUCCCUACUUGUUGCUUGUCAGUGGUCCAGAUUCUGGAUGUUCUUCAUCUUUGACCACUGGAGGUAGAAUCUGGGGAGGGGGGAGGGUGCCUCAGAGGAAAAUUCACUCUCCUUUAGAUUCUUUUAUGGUAUAAAAUACUGUACACCAUUGGAUCCAAUUAAUGAGAUCAGACAAAAUAAUUAGUAUUGUACCUUGUUCUUGUAUUGCUAGCUCUGACCUGGGGGUCAUUCCCUAUGAAAUUGUGGAGAAUUUUAGUACCUCCACACACCAGGCUAAAAUGGACAAGCACUUUUUAAUUCACAGAAAUGAUUUCUGGGCUUUAUGUAAGAAGUGCACUCAUGGUGAUAUAUUUUAGCACUGAUCUAAGAUGUCAACACUAGCAAUGUUUUAAGCAGUUCUAUCAUUUGAGGCUCGUGAAUUGAUGUACCUUUUAAAACAAAAUGCUUUAAAAUACCCAGAAGGGAAGAAAAUGUUUUGAAACUCUUCUUAAAUAGUUAUUAGCUUGAAAUUGUGCAUUUCUAGUAUGUAAUACGUAUGACGUUAGUGUGUGCCUUGAGUUCCAUAUAGAUAUAUUUGUAUUAUAUGCAGGAAAUGCACUUUAUAUUACCAACCAUGGAUGGGUUUUAAUGCUGCCUUGAAUGUUGUCAUUUUUGUUAUUAUGCCAAAAGCUCAUAAAAUGAAAUGGAAUACUUUUUUUUCCUCUUUGGCGUUUACCAAUGAAUGAACAGAAUUUCCUAGGUGUGUUUAUAGGUAUUGUUUGAUAUAAAAUGUGGAUUAGAAAAAAUUAAAUAAUCAUGCCACCAGAGGAUGGUGGUAUAUAGAAAUGUUUUUAUCAUGUUUGCUUCUGAAAUUCAGAAAAAAAACAGUUAUUUUUACCACUUUGAGGUCAAGGACGCAGCCCUCCAAGCUCAGCUUCUGUGCAAAUCCUGUGCAUAGGAAUGAAUGGUGAUUGUGCAGAACAACUGAAUAGAUUUCAAUUUAAAGCAACAUGUUUUGGGUGCUUCCAGACUGUAGCUUUUUUUUUUUUUUUGAAAUCUUGAGAAGGAUGUGGUUAUAUAGAAUGCAGACCAGCAGUGGUGAACCUCAGGCCCAAGUGGCCAAAUGCAGCCCUCCAAGCAUCUCUCUUAUAGCCCUUGAGCCCUUAUAACCCCAGGUUAUCAUCCUCACCAGCCUUACUUCACACCCUCCUUGAGUGUUUUUGCCUGGCUGGGAUGUAUCCUUGAAAACUGAUCAUGUCUCUUGCUCACCUGGAUAGAGUGGAGUGUGCAGAAACUACUGCCCUACAAAGAUACAAAUUUGUAUUAAUUGCCCUGCCCAUUAAUUUUUUUUGCCUCCGGCCUAACCCAACAUUGACAUAUGGUCCCUGAAAGGUUACUCAGAAUUAAGUGAGGUCCUUACACUGAAAAAGGUCCCCAUCCCUGGCCUAGAUAAUGCAUAGUCUAAAGCAGGGUUUUCCAAAAAUGGGUCUUCUGUUGAUUUUGGACUACAAUUCCCAUCAUCUCUGACCACUGCUCCUGUUAGCUAGGGAUGAUGGGAGUUG